AUGGAUGUGCCCAUCGCGGCCAAUGUUCUCGGUGUUCUAGGCGCAAUAUGCUGGUCCGUUCAGCUCAUUCCGCAAAUCAUCAUCAAUUAUCGCCGGCACGAUACCACUGGUCUACAGCCGACCAUGAUGCUGCUCUGGGCGUGCGCAGGCAUUCCAUUGGGAAUCUAUAACAUUGUCGAGAAUUUCAACAUUGCUCUCAAAAUCCAGCCGCAGAUACUGACGGCCUUGAGCCUCUUGACCUGGAUCCAAUGCAAAUACUAUGGGAACCGAUGGCCAUUGACCAAAUCGAUCUCGAUCGUGGUGCCUGUUGCAGCUGUCAUGGGCGGCAUUGAAUGUGGUCUCGUAUUCGCGUUGAGGAGAGCAAAAGAUAAUCAUACAGAGUGGCCCAUCACCUUCAUGGCCGUGCUAUCAGCUUGCUUCUUGUGUGCUGGUGUGCUGAGACACUAUUGGGAUAUCUACAAGGAACGGACAGUCCGGGGCAUCUCGUUCAUCUUUGUGGCCAUUGAUGCAACGGGAGACUUGACUUCAUUAAUCUCGGUGUUCUUCCAGCCAAAGUUGGACAUUCUCGGCAUGGUCAUCUACGGAUCUGAGCUGCUGUUAUGGUUGGGCGUGUUCGCCUGCGGGGGAUAUUUCAACCUCAGACCAUGGCUGCGGCAGCGACACAGUAAGCGUCACGUCACGAGAGAAGAGAAUGGAAGAGGAGGAAGCCGUCAACAUCCGGUAGGGACACAAGCAGACGAAGGCAGGGAGAUCGGUAGAUUGUCGAGACCUCCGUCGUCAUCCAGCACCGUGUUCAGGACGGCUUCCGGAGAGGGCAGCAGCAGGCAAAGUGUUUCCGGGCCGGUGAGGUUGCGGGCCGUGACAAGUCGUGAGGGUCGUCCUGAAGCUUGA